AUGAAUAUUUCUAAUUUUAUUCAAGAAUGCGUCAAUUCAGUGAUGGAUUCUCAUCCAAUUUAGUAUCAACCUUCAAUGGAGAUAAGUGAAGGUGAAAUUUUAGUGAAAGGAAAAACAUUUGGUAGAUGGGAAUCUAAAAAAUUUAUUAUUGAUGAGAAAAAGAGAGUUUUUGCUCUAAGGAGUUCUAAAGGAAAAACAAGGUUGAAACCCUAUUUUCUAAAAGAGUAUUAGGUUUAUUAUAGUUAAUAUAAAUUUUAGGUAGAGAAUAAAGAGAGGAAAAAAGAUAAAAUAUCAUUUGAUCUAACUUCGAAAACUGGAGGAAAGUGUUUAACUCUUGGAACAGAGAGUGAAUAGAAAGCAAAUGAAAUUAUUAGUGUUCUUUAAGAAUUAUGUAAUAGAAUAGAUGUAAUACCGAAUAAAGAUGAGAAUAUUUAAAAGAAUAUCUAAGAUCAGAUCAACAAUAAUCAACAUUGUACCAUUUUAAUAAAUAUUAGUCAGAAAUGAUGAUAAAUUCAAUAGAUUACGAAAUUCCAAGCUUUUUUGAUAUUAGUGAGAUAAGGGAUAGGUAAUAUUUGUAUUAAAGUAGUAUUGCUAAUAUUAGAAAGGGAUCACAUAAUUUGGAGAAUUUUAAAUUAGUAAUUGAAAAUAAAUUAUUAAUAUAUAGAAAUUAAUACAAUCAUCAUUAAUUUAAAGUUUUUGUGGAAUUUGACGGCAAUUGUAAUAUUCAUAUAAUUAUUGAAAUUACAUAGGUCAAGAGACAAUCAUUCAGAAUUUAACAGAUUACAAUAAAAUAAAUUAGUGGAAUGCAUAUAUUUGUAAAUAAGAUAGUAAAAUGAUUAAAGAAUUAUAUGAAGAUAAAUCAUUUUUGAUAUGUGAAAUAAGAGAAUUAUCAAAUUUAUUUAUAUUUAAAAGAGAAUUUCAAUAUUUGUAACAUCAUUUUAAAAUUGAUAAUCUUGAUUUUAUUGUAUAAAAAUAAAUUGAUCAAAAAUCAUACACUAAAAAUUAUUAAGGAAGUCUUAAAUAUGGUGUAUGGGGAAUUUAAGCAAAGUAUUAAAUGUAUUUCUAUAUUUAGUGAGAAAUAAACUAAAGUGUAUUAUUUUUCUGAACAAUCAAUGUAAGGUUUAACUUAUUCAAAUGAAGAUGCUUAUCUUAUAUAAUUAUUCUUAGGACAAAUAAUUAAUUUGUAAGAAUUAAGUAUUAUUAUUCAAAAUGAGAAUCUCUAAAAUAAGUCUAAUGAAAUCUAUAAAUAAGAUAAAUAAUAUUAAUAAAAUGAAUUAAAAAAUACAGAAAUAAAUAAUAAAGAAGAUAAUGAUUAAUUUUAUGAUUGUGAAGAAUUAGAUGCCAUGAAUGAUAAAUUAUUUAUGGUUGAAAGUAAUUCUAAUAAAGAUGAUGUUAUUAUUGAUGAAUAUGAAUAAAAUGUAAGAAAAUAAACAAUUUUACCAUCAUAAGUAGAUUCAUUAGAUAAUAUUCAAGAUUGGGUUGAUAAAAAGAUGAAGUUAGUUUUAUCUGGGAAUUAUAAUUAUUUUUCUAUUAAAAUAAUACAUUAAUUAUAACCUAAAGAAUUUGAUCCUUUAUAACGUUAGCUAUUAACCUAAUAAGAAGGUGGUCAUUAUAUUUUCAAGAAGGAUUUUAUAAGAGAAGAAAAGAAUGGAGGAUUAAAAGUAAUUAAUGAAGAAAAAUUGGCUGCUUAAAAAGCUGUCAUUAAAUUUUUAUUAACUAGAAUUGGUGCUUCUCUUAUGAUGGGUAAAUCUAUUACUAGUAUAUCAAUGCCAGUUACUAUUUUUGAAGCUAGAUCAAAUACUGAAAGAGUAUGUAAUAGUAUGGGAUUUGCACCUAUUUAUUUAGAAGAUGCUGCUUAAUCUUAAGAUAUUUAUUAUAGAAUUAAAUAAUGUGUUGCUUUUUAAUUUGGAUUUAUUUUUAUGUAUUUAUCUUGUGAAAAAGUAUUGAAUUAAUAUAUUAAAGCCCUUUAAUCCAAUUUUAGGAGAGACAUUUUAAGGUUUUUAUGAUAAUUGUCCUAUUUAUUGUGAAUAGAUUAGUCAUCAUCCUCCUAUUUGUGCCAUUUAAAUGUAUGGUAGAUAAUAUAGGUAGAAUAUAAUUAAUAAUAGCUAUUAGAAUAGAUGCUUAAUUGGAAUUGAUAGCUAAUUUUAAUUCAAAUUCAGUAGUUGGAAGAAAUGUUGGAACAUUAAAAAUUAGUUUUUAAAAUCCUCAUUAAAUAGUAUUGAUAACUUUGGCACCUGGUAGUUUGAAUGGAACAACUUAUGGUGAUAAAGUUAUGAAUUAUCUAGAAAAGUAAUUUAUAAUAGAUAUCAAAAAUAAAAUAAUUGGUGAAGUUACUUUUAAUCCAGAUAAGAAAUAUUGUUAAUAUUUUGAUAUAGAAUAUUUAAAUCAAUAAGAUUAUUUAUGUGGAGCUAUUUGUGAUGUUACUGAUGUAGCAAUUUAAAAAUAUCACAAAGAUGGAUAUCGUAAAUAUAAAGGAUUAGAUUUAAAAUAAGAUAUAAAGUAAAUAAGACAUAAAAUAAAAGGAAUAUGGGUUAAUGAGAUAAAAGUAUAUUAUAUUAUUAUUAUUAAUAGAUUGAUAAUUAAAAAUUAAUUUGUAUUCAUAAUGAUUUUCCUGUUAAAAUGUAAUUAGCAUAAUAUCCUAUUCCAUCAGAUGCUAAUUUCAGAAUGGAUUUAUUAUGGUGGAAAUUGAAAGAUUUUGAUUAAUCUUAAUAAUGGAAAGAAAAACUUGAAAUUUAAUAAAGAUAAGAUAGAAAAUUGAGGGAACAAAAAGGGAAAAAGAAAAAGUGA